AUGUCGGACUCUGCUCAAGUGUUUAUGGACAAUGUCUAUCAUUUAACAGGGUAUUUACACAGAUUGCUUUUUCUUAUGAAAGAGCUAGAUAAAAAGGAACAUAAAAUAAAUAUAGGAAUUGAAAGGAAAGAAGAGGUAUAUUUAGAAAAGUUGUAUUAUGCUCACAAAAAUAAAUUGGAAAAUCAUAUAAAACAUAAUUAUGAAAAUUCAAAUACAGAUUCUCAUGAUUCACAUAAUGAGGAUAAUAAUGCAAAAAAACAUGACAUAUCUAUAGAAAAUGUGUUGAAAAAGAUGAAAAAAAAAAAAAAAAGCGAUCUUUGUAUAAAUCAUGAUAAUCAUUUGAAUUAUGAAGGGAACGAAAGAAAAAAUUUAGAUAAGGAAAAUAAUAAUAUGGAUAUGUCAAAUGAUUUUAUUAAAGAGGAGGAGGCAAAUAAUAUUGAAAAUAUAAAAAAUGAAGGAUAUGUACAAAGUGAUGAAAAAAAAAUAAAAAUAAAAAUAAAACAAGAUUGUAUAGAUAUAAAAGAAAAUGGGAAUUGUGAUGAUAACAAUAAUAAUAAUAAUAAUAAUACUGAUGAUAAUAAUAAUGUUGAUGAUAAUAAUCAUCAUGCAAAAGAGAAUAAAUAUAAAAAAAAAAAUAGUACCAUUUCAAAUGAUAACUAUAAAAUGGAUGAACAUGCUAAUUUUAAUCAUACGGAAGAAAAUUCGAACGAUGGCUUAUAUAACAGUGUGAAUUUUAAAAAUAAUGUUAUUUCAGAGGGAAAAGAACAAAGUAGGAAAGAACAAGAAAAGAAACAAAAUGAAGAAAAUGAAAAAAAUGAAAAAAAUGAAAAAAAAGAAGAAAAUGAAAAAAAUGAAAAAAAUGAAAAAAAUGAAGAGAAGGAAACAAAAGAAGAUCCUACGAUGAAUCCUGUUUUUAAUAAUAAUGAUAUAAAACAAAAUAUAUUAAAAGAGGAUGAAAAAGAUAUAGAUUUUUUAUUUAAUGACGAAGAAAUGAAUAAAUAUUUAAACGAAAUAAUAAAUGAUAGAGAGCAGUGUAUGGCAUUAUUGAGGGAAAAAAUAUGUAUUAAUAAUCAAAUUGCAUAUAUGAUAAAACAUGAUUAUGAAAAAUUAAAAAAACAAUAUGAUAAACUUUAUACAGAAAUGGAAAUGAACGGAGAAGUAUUACCACAUAUGUUCAACUCUUCAAAAAAUAAAUAUACAACAACUGAAUAUGAUGAAUAUUAUAAUGUAAAGAAUAAAAAUAUUUAUGCUAUGGAUUAUCAUCAAUAUGAAGAUACCUAUGAUAUGGUAAGCUAUAUGAACAAAACAAAAGAAGAGGAAGAAGAACAGGAAGAAGAAGAAGAGGAAGAGGAAGAGGAAGAAGAACAGGAAAAAGAGGAAGAAAAAGAUGAAUAUGAAGAAAAUGACGAUAUUGAAGAAGAAGAAGAAGAUGAUGAUGAUGAAGAUGAAAAGGAAAAAAUAAACAAAAAGAAAAAAAAAAAAGAACGUCAUAUUAAGGACGAACAAAAUAAAGAUAAAUAUGGUAAAGAUAAAAAUGUUAAGGAUAAAAAUGUUAAGGAUAAAAAUGUCAAAGAUAAAAAUGUCAAAGACAAAAAUGUUAAGGAUAAAAAUGCUAAGGAUAAAAUUAUAAAAGAAGAAAAAGAAGGACAAAAUGACAUACAAGAAUAUGAAUCUGAAAGUAGUAAACAUAAUAUUCCAAGAAAAAGCUUAAGUAAAAAACAUUCAAUUAAAUAUGAUGAUGAAUAUAUUCCAUAUAUUUCGGAUAAAGUAAAAAGAUACAAAAAACACAAAAAAAACAAAACACAAAACGAUGAGCCUUCAAGCAAAUCAAACAAAAUUGGAAUUGGAAAAAUGGAUGGAGAAAAAAAAAAUGACGACAUAAAAAAUAAUGACGACAUAAAAAAUAAUGACGACAUAAAAAAUAAUGACGACAUAAAAAAUAAUGACGACAUAAAAAAUAAUGACGACAUAAAAAAUAAUGAUGACAUAAAAAGGAAUGACGACGUAAAAAAUAAUGACGACGUAAAAAAUAAUGACAACGUACAAAAUAAUGACGACGUAAUAAAUAAUGACGACGUAAAAAAUAAUGACAACGUACAAAAUAUUGACGACGUACAAAAUAUUGACGACGUAAAAAAUAAUGACGACAUAAAAAAUAUUGAGGGGGUUAAAAAAAAUAAGGAAAGCAAACUGCAUAACGUAAAAAAAAAUGAAGAUGGGAAUAAAAGCAAGGAAAUAAAUCAGAAUAGUGACAUGAACAAAAGUAAUGAGAUUAAUAAAAAUAAAAGUUAUGAAAAAAUAAAAAGUAAGAGUGUAGAUUUUAAUAAAAAUGUAUUAAAUACAGAAAAAAUAAAAAGUAAGAGUGUAGAAUAUAAUAAAAAUAUAAUAAAUACAGAAAAAGCUAAAAGUAAAAGCAAAAGUGUUGAAAUUAAUAAAAAUAGCAAAGCUAUUAACAAAAGUAAAAAUAAUGAUAAUAAAAAUAAAUAUAAAACAAAAAAUAAAAGUAAAAAUGUAAAUAUAAAUACUGACCAUACUAAUAAUUAUAAUAAUAAUAAUAAUAAUAAUAAUUAUAAGCAUGUAAUUAAAAAUUGUUCAAACAUACAAACAAAUAAAAAUAACUCAGAAGAAAAUAAAACUACAAAUCAUGCAAAAAAGAAUGAGAGUUUAUCAUCCAAUACGUCAUCUUUAUUUAAUAAAAAUCAAAAUGAAGAAACAACUUUAGGAAAUUUAACAAAAAAUGAAAAAUAA